UUAUCUUCUGUUCUUCAUGCAGCCACUGUCAGGCCCAAGAAUGCCAUCACUCACAACCAGCUGGCAGCGUUUGGGGAGUUUGUGGCUGAGAUGAUGCCCAAAUAUGUCCAGCAGGUCCAGGUGACCUGUUUUAAUGAGCUAGAGGUGAUGAUCCAUCCUGACGGAGUGAUCCCUGUGCUGACCUUUCUGAGGGACCACACCAACGCACAGUUCAGGAACAUGAUUGACCUGACUGCUGUCGACAUCCCAACACGCCAGAACCGCUUUGAGAUUGUGUACAACCUGCUGUCGCUGCGAUACAACUCUCGUAUCCGAAUUAAGACAUACACAGAUGAGUUGACGCCGGUGGACUCUGCAGUGCCGGUGCACAUGGCCGCCAACUGGUACGAGAGGGAGGUGAGUCACAUGUGUGUGUGUGUGUGUGUGNAUCACCCAGACCUGAGGCGUAUUCUGACAGACUACGGCUUUGAGGGUCACCCCUUCAGGAAGGACUUCCCUCUCUCAGGAUACGUAGAGGUGCGUUAUGAUGAUGAGGUGAAGCGUGUGGUGGCAGAGCCUGUCGAGCUGGCGCAGGAGUUCAGGAAGUUUGACCUGAACACACCCUGGGAGGUGUUCCCUGCCUACCGAGACCCCAAAGAGGCUUCACCCAAACUGGAGGCUGGUGACGCGGCUCCUGAGAAGAAAUAAAGUCCCUGUGUUUUGUCACCAUGUUAGUGUUUGUUAGUGUCAUUUUGGGACUCCCAGCACAUUGAACAAACCCACCUGAAAUAUUUAUGUAAAUAAAGAUACGAAUAAAACAACCUUCAAAAGAA